AUGGAUUUUGACGAAGUGAAUACACUCGAGGAACAGUUCUACAACGAAGGCUUUAAGGAAGGUCAAGAGGCAUCUGUGAAGGAAUCGCUGAAGGAAGGGAAAGAGUAUGGAUUACAGACAGGAUUCCAAAGGUUUCUACUUGUGGGACAGGUUACUGCGCUUGUAGAUCAUAUGGAAUCGGUUUAUGGUGUUGAUUGUGGGACACACAUGGCUCAGCUCAGAGAACUCGUUGAAUCGAUAAACUUUGAUAAUGACUACAACACGGUGGUGGCCAUGGAUAAACUGAUAUCGAAGAUUAGGAAUAAGGUCAGAAUCCUG